AUGUUGGAUUUCGAAGUCCCAUAUCAGACUCCUCGGGCUAUUGUCCCACCAGUCGCACCUUCAAUAGAGAGUAGUCGACUCAUACUCCGGCCAGCCACUGAUGCCGAUAUGCCAGCACUCUUCGCUGUUCGGUGCCGUCCAGAAGUCGCGGUAACGAACUUCCCUAAAGAGCCGUUCUUGAGCCUUGAACAAACGCGAAAAUGGUGGGCAGCAAAGGUAUUCACCAAGCCAGCAGCGUACAUUGGCCGCUCUUUCGGCUUUGUUAUUGUGGACAAGGCCAUUCCGGUCACAGAAGAACAGGUCAUUGGAUACGUAUGUAUACAUGUCGUAGAACCAUCUCCGGAGAUCGGGUACUCGCUUCUUCCCGAGUCGUGGGGUAAGGGGUUUGCGACUGAGGCUUUGAGAAUGUUGUUGAAGAUGUGGUGGGACCUGCCUAGACGAAGCUCGGGUGAUGAUGAUCGAGUGGAGAAGAUCUAUGCUUCUUUUUAUAAGACAAAUCCGGCUAGUCAGGCUGUCUUGGCUAAAUGUGGGUUCGAGAAUGUGGAUGAGAUUCACUCUGAGGAAAUGUAUCUUUAUGUUCUUGCGAAGCCGACAUCCCAAGAUGCGGGCGAGGAAUUGUAUCAUUACAUCUAA